GGUACUUCCCCACGGUAUUUUUUAUUUAUUGUACUGUACAUCUCUGUUACAUGUAAGUUAACCAAGGUCCAAGGUUAUUAUAUACUAUUGUAGUAUAACAGCGUUGCACAGGUUAUGUACCAUUAUACAAUAGUACAAUAUAAUAUCUGUAUUAAAGUAUUGUGGGAAUUGCGAAACUAGAAUGUCCAAUGAACCUGUAUUCGAAAACCCGAAGAUAAAAAGUUUGAAAUUCGUAAAUCCGGGACCAGCCCUAGAAGAUUUUAAUCCAGAAAUGAGCUUACGACAAGAAAGAAAGUUAAAAAGAGUUCUUCAAAAUAAAAAAAAUAAAAGCGCCAUCUAUGAUAACAAUGGGAAACUCCUUAGCAACGGGAAAGAUAUGUGCGAUUGUCUCAAUGAACAAUGUCCAGGGUGCUUUUAUCCAUGUGACAGCUGUGGAGGUACAAAGUGUGGCAAGGAGUGUAGGUGUUCCCGGAAAUUACGACCUUGCAAAGAAAUCAAGUACUGACACGCAUGCAAUAACCGAUGAUAAUACGUAUACAUUGAUGGUAUUAUGACAGUGUAGAAGUGGAGGGUGGCCAAUCAAGAUAUUUCAAUGUCAAAACUCAGUACCAAAAAUAAGAAC